AUGAAGCCUUUUAUUUCUACUUUCCUAAUAUUUGUGCUUUUCCCAAAUCUUGCGAUUUCAGCUUCAGCCCAAGACAAAUACACUUCCAUAUAUUUAAAAAUAAUUUUUUUAUUUCCUUAUAAUAAUAAUUUAUUUUCAAAAAAAUUUAUUUUUUAAUUAUUUUAUAAUAAAAUGGUGGCUGUAUAACAAUUGUGUCAGAAGCUGCACGAUUAAAUGGUCAAUGCGUCCACACUCUGGAACAGAAUAUCAUAUAGAUAAAUGUUCUUAUGAUGAAUGCGAGCAUUUCAUUCAGCCGUCCCUACUACCUAAUGACGCUGAAGCUCAAAAAACCUCAUAUGUAAUAAAUGAAAAAGAAACAAGUGAGCCUCUCUCCCUCUUGAACCUUAUUAGAUUUUCUAAUGAAGAUUCUAAAGGGAAGAAAUUUAUUGAAGAAAUAAAAAAUCCUGAGCCUGUAAAAAAUAAUUAUAAACCUGCCAGCUGUUUGCCAAAUUCCCAAAAUAUGAGAAGCCUUAAAUUCAAUCAUGAGCACUCAGGACAUGAAUUAGAAAAUUCCAAGCUAAAACAGGAAUUAGAACUUUUCACAUUAAAUGCACAUUUACUGAUCCAAGUAUCCACAAUUGUGCUUCUGGUUUACCUUGUUUACAGAUUUUUCUUUAAGAAAAGAAAUCUUAUUAAGAAGCAAGCCUUUAUUUCUAAAGGAUCUUCUUAUACAUAUCUACAAGUAUAA